CAAAAAAACAAGAACAAAAACAGAACCCAGAAAUCCACACAAAAAAAUAAACUAAAGAAGCUAUUUCAUCAAACAAAAACAAAACAAACUCAUCACAAAUCAGAAACUAAAAAACUAAAGGCACUAAAGAAAUAUAUAUACAAGCAUCAUCGAUCGAAAAGAAGAAUCCAAAUCAUCUUAUAAUAUUUUUUUGGUUUUCUUCUCCUUUUAUUUUCCCAAAUAUAUAUAUUAGUUCUUUGGAAAAAUUUGUAGAAGAUAAAAGAAAUCUUCUUUCGUAGUAACAAAAGGAAAAAAUGACGGACGCCCAUACAGCCCGGACGGUCGUCGGAAUCAUCGGAAACGUGAUAUCUUUCGGCUUGUUCUGCGCUCCAAUACCAACGAUUGUGAAGAUAUGUAAGAUGAAAUCGGUGUCGGAGUUUAAGCCAGAUCCAUACGUAGCUACGGUUUUAAACUGCAUGAUGUGGACAUUUUACGGACUUCCUUUCGUCCAACCCGACAGUCUCCUCGUCAUCACCAUUAAUGGAACUGGUCUUUUCAUGGAACUCGUUUACGUCACCAUCUUCUUCAUCUUCGCUACCUCGCCUAUCCGCAGAAAGAUCACAAUAGCUAUGGUGAUCGAGGUGAUAUUCAUGACGGUGGUGAUCUUCUGCACAUUGUAUUUUUUGCAUACAACAAAACAGAGAUCUAUGCUAAUUGGGAUCAUGUGUAUUGUUUUCAACGUCAUCAUGUAUGCUGCUCCUCUCACCGUCAUGAAACUUGUGAUAAAGACAAAGAGCGUGAAGUACAUGCCCUUCUUCCUUUCAUUAGCCAACCUCACGAACGGUGUCGUUUGGGUCAUUUAUGCAUGUCUUAAAUUCGACCCCUAUAUCUUGGUUCCAAAUAGUCUUGGAGCGCUAUCAGGAAUAAUCCAACUUAUAUUAUACGCAACUUACUAUAAAACAACUAACUGGAACGAUGAAGAUGAUCAUGAAAAGCGUUAUUCCAACGAUGGAAUCGAACUUAGCCAGGCUUAACAAUUGCAUCAGCUAUUUCCUUGUCCACUGGUGCUUCAUCGAUAGGUUAAAAAGAUAGAAUCAAAAGUGAGGUAAAGUUCUUAUUACAAUUAUGUGGAAGGAAACCUAUUAAGAAAAAAAAAUGAACUAGUGGAAACAUGAUUGUAACUUUUUAAUUGAAACGACUGUAUAUGUAAUUUGUUACAGUUUUAGUUUUAAUUCAAAGUUUAAUAGAUUUACUUUAUAACAUUGUUUCUCGAAACUGUAAGACGAUUUGAUGUUAAUAAGAACAGAGUAAUAAACAGA